AUGCGAGUUUCAUCAGUCCUGCAGACUUCCCUCCUCUCGUUGAAUCCUCAUGCUAUGCAAUUGAGAAGUUUGCUUCUUUCGAUAAUGGACAUUGCGUGGCCUUGACCUCGUGAGCUAUGGCGAAUACUCGGCAUCCUGACUCGGGAGUUAACAACCUGCCACAGAUCUACAAGAUACGCACGCAAGCAUCGGCCUCGCCACCGUCUGGUUACGAUUGCCACGGGGUAGCAAGGCCCACUGUGGCUUCAGCAAGUGACGGAAUGUACAUUGCAUGGUGAGACUGCC